AUGAAGUAUCCUCCUACUCCUGAGAGUAAAUCUCUGUUAGAUAUGGAAGUAGCCAACUACUGUGAAGGCCUGGAUCCUUCAUACAACACACUGGGCUUUGAGCAUGCAGAGGUACUCUAUGUAGGAAGAGGUAACAUGCCGACAGAGCCAAGCCUGCCUGGUCCAGAUGGGGUCAGCAGUAACUGCGCGAUCUGUGGAGAUAAAGCCACAGGGAAACACUAUGGAGCCUCCAGCUGUGACGGCUGCAAAGGCUUCUUCAGACGCUCUAUACGCAAGAGCCACGUCUAUACCUGCAGGUUCAGCAGACAGUGCAUAGUGGAUAAAGAUAAGAGGAACCAGUGUCGUUUCUGCAGGCUCAACAAAUGCUUCAGGGCUGGAAUGAAAAAAGAAGCUGUACAGAAUGAGAGAGAUCGGAUCAGCUCCCGAAGAAGUAUCUCUGACCCCCAAGACCUUCCACCCAUUACUCUUUUGGCCCAAGCAGAAUCAUUGUCCCAACAGAGCACUACUCCGGCUGGAAUAGCAGAAUUAUCAGAGCAGAAGUCAGCCACUGUGGGGGACAUAUGUGAUUCUAUGAGACAGCAAUUAUUGGUGUUGGUGGAAUGGGCCAAAUAUAUUCCUACUUUUGGAGAACUGCCACUGGAUGACCAGGUGAGCUUGCUUCGGGCUCAUGCUGGUGAACACCUCUUGCUUGGGGUUGCCAAAAGGUCAAUGGCAUUCAAGGACUUCCUGAUUUUAGGUAAUGGCUGUGUGAUUCACAGAGACAGUCCUGAAGCAGAGAUCUGCAGGGUAGCCAACAGAGUCCUGGAUGAGCUGGUGCAGCCCUUCCAGGAUAUCCAAAUAGAUGACAAUGAGUAUGCGGCACUCAAGGCUAUUGUCUUCUUUGACCCAGAUGCAAAGUCUUUACGGGAUCCUUCGAAGAUUAAGGCCAUGCGUCUGCAGGUUCAGAUGAGUCUGGAAGACUACAUUAAUGAUCGUCAGUAUGACUCCAGGGGUCGUUUUGGAGAGCUGUUACUCCUGCUGCCCACCCUGCAGAGCAUCACCUGGCAGAUGAUCGAACAGCUCCAGUUCAUUAAGUUCUGCGGCCUGGCCAAGAUAGACAACCUGUUGCACGAAAUGCUUCUAGGGGGGCUUACAUCAGAACCCACACACCUGCACCACUCAGCACACACCCAGCUGGCCCAGGACCCUUUGACUGGACACACGCUGGUCAUCAGCACCAUGCCUGCCUCUCACACUCCACAACUAGCCUCUCCAGACACUCCCAUCCCAUCGCCCCCGCAGGGUCCUGCACCGGAAAUGUACAAACAUUUUCCCCAGCCUGUUUGUCCUCCAGCAAGCCCUUCACCUCCUGCACAGAGAGACCCCUGACUCUUUCCUGCAUUAUGUCAACGAAUCUGACAGCAGAUCAGUUUCCUUGCCCCCUGUUCAUUAUCCAGGCAUAGUAUGAAAAUGAUGACAGAAAUCUCUGUUCAACGUCAACAGUUUGACUUUCGUACCCCAUGACUCCUGGAGUUCCUGCCACAAUAUCCUAAGUGGUUACGUGCAGCACUUUUGGGGCUCUAUUUUCUUACAGUGGCAAAAUGCAAAAGAAAAGCACAGUUUUUAUGCAGUCUUUUUUUUAGCUGCGAGCCUGUGUGUGUGUGUGUGUGUGUGUGCCUGCCAUUAUUUACUUAUUUCCUGGCACCAGAGUGUUUGGCAGCACAGGCUCUGGGUAUCCUGAUCAGGGGGUGCAGUGAAAUAUUGGUGCUCAUUUUAGCACAAAAUUGUUUUUGCCUUAAAAAUAUGCUCAGACCACGUCUUACCCAGAGUCAUCACGCAGCAGCAAGAAUGAUACGUGUGUUUCCAUAGCAGUCACUGAUAUGAGAGAGGGAUUGUAUUUAAGUUGCAACGAUGGCACAGCAGCACUUUUAUUAUUCAUUUAAAUCUCCCAACUUGGCAGCGGGAUCAGUCAACUAAAGGCAUGUUCUGUGUUUUUCUGAGCAUCACACUACAAAGCUAUUUCUCAGAGAUUUAACGGUGAAAUCACGUCGAGUAAUGCAGCCGUCCCCAGGAUGAAUCCCGAGCUCCAUCAAAAUAUGUGCAUAUAUAUAUGUAAAAUACAAAAGUCCAAACUCAGUCUAAACUAUGUCAUAUUACACAGUGUGAAUAUUUCAUUUUGCCCUUUGGAAUAAUGUUUAUAUAAAUAUUUUCU